GUCCCAACAAUGGUUUCCUAGAGCUCGUCUCCUAGCUACAUCUGUUGUCCCUAGCCAGCCGGGAGUUGGUCAAGUCUGCUCCAGGCUGCGGGCUGUCUAGCGGCUGCGAUGGACACAGAGCGGGGCUCACUAGCUCCUAGGGAUGUGGAUGGUCCCAAGAAGGAAGUUCAACUGAGGGUAAUCCCUUCGGAGCUGAGGUUCCUGGAUGCAGUUUCUGGGAAAGUGUACAGACUCCCGCUUAUAGUACAUAACCUGGGCCGCUGGAAUCAGAAGAUGAGGUUUCAAGAGCCCACAAAGCCACAGUUCAAACUGUUGUUGACCAGUCUGGAUAAGGAACUUGCUUCUGGCCUUCAAAUGACAGCAAUGGUAGAAUAUCAUCCUGAUAAAAAUGAAGACAUGUUUGAUCACAUGUAUAUUUCUGUAGGAAAUAAAGUACUAGAGAUUCCUCUGAUUGGGCUAAUUCCAACCUGUCAAUUGGAAAUUGUGCCAGUAGUUGAUUUUGGCACAUUAGUUGCCAAUAGUAAAGUGCAUUGUAAAGAGAUUAGUAUUAUUAACCAUGGCAAAGCCCCAGGUAUAUUUAAAACAGAAUACCAGGGUCAGUUACCUAUUGUCAUUUCUCCAAGUAGUGGUACUGUGAAGGCUAAGUCAUCAAUGGUCCUCAAAGUGGAUUUCUGUGCAGACCAGUCUCAAUUUGUAAAUGAAGUGGCAAGAGUGAGUUUGCAGGGUCGUCCUGAUACAUUCUUGAACAUCAAAGUUCAUGUGGUUGAACAGAUAAUCGAAUUGUUUAACAUGCAUAGUGACAGGAAAUUGGAAUGUAUACGAUUUGGUUCUGUUUUCUUUGGAACAUCAAAAAUUGAGCAUGCACUUCUGUUUAACAACAGCCCUGAAACCAUAAACUGGGUUGCAAUAAUGCAAGAUGAUUGUGUUGGCGAAGAACUGGGAGCAAAUAUUCAUCAAAGGACAGAUAUUGCCUUAAACAAUCUCCCCUACUUAAACAAAAUAAAGAAAAUAGAUAUGACUGAUUUUAUCUCCUGUGUUCCCAAUGAAGGGACUUUACUUCCUUACCAAAAGAUUGUAAUUACAUUUUGUUUCAGCCCAAAGCUUGUAGUUGAUGUUAAAAAGGACGUUGGACCUUCACAUAGGCAAGACUAUGCACUCUUUGUGAGAUUUGAUUCUGUGGGAAGUAAAGAUGGAUUUUUAAGAGAUGAUAACUCUAACACCAUGAAAAGUAAUCGACUUCAAAAAGUAGAAUUAGCUUUGACAGGCUCUGGACUUCCUGUCAUCUUGCAGUUUGAUCCAGGAAAAGUUCUUACAUUUGCACCUUGUUUCAUGGGUGAACAUUCAGAUCUUCUAUGCAUUGUAAAAAAUCAAUCCAUUUCACUUCCUGUGAUGUACCAUUUUCAAAAAACUGCACACUUUAAAAUGGAUCCUGAAAGGGGCAAAAUUGAUGAAGGAUGUAUUCAGAAUGUGGUAUGUUCAUUUGUUCCGCAUCAAAUUGGUGUAUUUAAAGUGAAGCAAGUGAUCGAGAUUAUCGGCCCAGUGGCAGAUGAAAAUUUACGGUCUUUGUCAAUGAAACCUUUUCAUUAUAUACAUUUAGAAUUCAACAGCAUUUGCAAAGCUUACACUAAGAAAGUUGGGGUGAAAAUUAAUCCUGGUCUAUCCCCCUUGAUCAGUAAUCCUACAAGACAAUUUGUGAUCAAAGAGUCAGAGAAAAAGGAAGAUGUUCCACCUGUAGCAGCAAUGCUGCAGUCAGCCAUGACAAAACUUCAUAAUCAUCACUCAAAUGAUGUGUCAGCAAAGAAUGCACUGAUUGCCUUUCCUAAUGACAGAGCUGCAAGUAUUAGGUGUGGAGACCACCAUGAACAGUUCAGAACAAUUUUCACAAAGAUGCCAAGGCAUGACUAUACAGAUCCUGAUUAUGAAUACACUGAUUUGGAAAAACUAGAAAGAAAAAUACAUCGAGAUUACUACAGAGAUUACAUUAGAAAUUUAAGAAAUGCACGCCUACAGAAAGAAGCACAGAGGGGACGCAAGUGUCCAUUUAAUGAAGUAGAUAUAGGCAUGCAGCCAUCAUCUGGUCUAAAGUCACCAUCACUAUCUCAAUCAGAAAUAGAAGAGGAGAUACUUCCAACUUUAAAGUCUUCUUCUCUCAAAGCUAAAAGAUUGCUAAGCACCAAGAAAAUAGCAUCCAGAGAGACAGAAUCUCUGCAGAGAAAGAUUCCCAAAGGACUUAAAUCAAAGCCAACCACUCACCAAGAAAAACAUGACUGCAGCAAAGUUUUGACACCAAAGCAAAUCCAUCAAGUAAUUGUUGGACCAUCUGUCCUUAACUUUGGUAAUAUUUGUGUGAAAUCUACAAAUACUCAGCUACUUCACAUUGUUAAUAUGCUGCCCAUGUAUAUAUUGAUACAGUUAGAUAUUGAUUUGGAAGAACUUCAGAAAACCAACCAAUUUUCAUAUGUGAUCCCACCUACAUCUAGUACAUAUGUAUCGAUGGUAUUUGAGUCUUCUACCAAUGGAAAAUUUUGGAAAUCAUUCACUUUCAGAAUUAAUAACAUCCCUGGUGGACACAUCCUGGUGAUGGCUGUCAUCUUGCCUGUAAAACUUGAAUUGUCUAGUAAUGAGAUUGUAUUGAAACCACAAACCUUCUUGUUGAAAACAUGUUUUCGGGGAACUGUUAGGCUGUAUAAUCAACUGAAUCGUCCUGCUCAAUUUGUAUGGAAACCAGUAAGUGCACUGAGAGGAAUUGCAUUUUCUAUUCGUCCGGCCAAAGGCAUUGUUGAUCCUUACUGCUCAUUGGAAUGUGAAGUCACCUGGCAACCAGGUUUUAGUUCUCCAGAGAAGGGAGAGUUUACACUUCAAGUGUCAGGAGGAAAUACUUUGACCCUCAAGUGUAUUGCACAUGUUGGACAUACUAGAGUCACCUUUUUAGAGCCAAGAAUACUGUUCAGUAAUAGUUCUCAAGGUUUAACUACUUGGCGGAAAGCCAUUCUUCACAAUAUAGGGCAAAACCAUGCUUAUUUCAAGGUUUGUGAUCAAAGCCUUUUGCCUACCAUUAAUAUCAUUCCAUCAGAAGGAAUAAUCCCAUUUGGGGGAAUAACUGUUCUUAAUAUCUCCUGUACACCUACUGUGGCAGAAAAAUUUGAUACAAGAGCAAAGGUUGCUAUUCACCGUGCAAAUGUUAUAGAUCUAAGGAUUGGUGGAUCUGUUGAAAUUGCUGAUGUUGAAAUCACACCUAAUGUAUUUAAUUUCAGUGGUACCUAUGUUGGCACUACAGAAACUAUCCCAUUUGUAAUUAAAAACAGAGGUGUGACACGGGCCAAAGUAGAGUUCAAUCUAAAAGAAUUCCCACUUUUUGCAAUGGAUUUUAAGGGAAAUGCAGGAGAAUUCAGAAAUACAGAAGUUCCUUAUAUGUAUGCCAUAGAGGUAGAAGAAAGCACAUCUGUGGAAUGUGGCAUAGCAUUUUCUCCUGUUGAAGUAGCAACAUAUGAUUUUAGCUUUCCUGUCCUUAUUAAUUCCUUUAAGGCCUCAGAACUCUACUGUGAAUAUUUGUCACAGAAAAAGGUGUUGAUGCCAAGAGUAUCACCACUUAUUCCACCAUGUUUUGUUCAAGCUACUGUAUUGCGAGCACCAUUGGAAUUAUCCAGCACUGAGUUUGUCUUUAAAAUCCCAUUAUAUGAGAUUCAACAUAGUAAGGAGAUCACAAGAAUUCAGGAUCUUGUCUUAUAUAAUAUUUCAAAAAAAACCGUUCAGUGGUCUUUGGAUAUUGGUAAAAUCGACAAACUUUUCAAAAGUGGCAUAUUCAAAUUUACUGCACUGAUUGGAAGUCUGAAACCAAAUGAAAAGUAUACUAUUUCCAUACAUUUCUGUCCAAGGGAGCCCAUAACCUAUCGAGCUGAUGUUGCUAUACGUUUAAAUGAUAAUUUAUUUGACUAUAGAACAUUAAGUUUGAUUGGAGAGAUACAAUCACCAAAGAUACUUUUUGAUCCACCAUUUAUAUGUUUUACUCCUGUUCCUUUGGAUAUUACAGCUGGGGUGGAUAUCAGAAUUUUGCCACAGAACUAUUUCAGAAAUUCAAAUCUACAGUUCAAGAUUCCCACUGCAAAACUUCUUGAUGAUGAUGAGAUUCACCCACUUACUGUGACAUUUCCUAAAGGAAGAGUUAUUACUGGCUCUAAUACUGGAAUUAAUGAUGAGCUACCAUGUCAUCUUAGCUUCAGUUCAUCUAAACCCGUUUCAUUUUUUGCCAAUCUUCUCUUUUGUGAUGACAAAAAUAAUUGGUUUUCACUCCCAGUUACGGCAACAGCAGAAAAUUGCAUUCUUACUAUUUACCUAUAUUUGGCAGUUCAUCUGGACAAGCAAAAAGUUAUUUUAAAGGACAAUAAAGAAGGAAAUACUACAAAGACUAGAGGCAGUUUUUUGAUUCCUAUGAUUCCACGCCGGGAUUCCAAACAUUUUGCAAAAAAGGGAUCCCUUGUUUCUAAAUUUAAUGAUGCUGAACUUACAUAUGGGAACCUAUUUGUAGGGAUGGAAAUUUCACGAGAUCAUAUGGACUCAGAUGAAAGUCUUUCAGACAGAGCCAAUGCUGGAUCUCUGGAAAAUGAAGAGAAGAAUCAACAGUUCUUUGCACCUGAAGAAGGAACAAAGGCUUAUGAUUACUUUCAGAAGGUUGUUAAUGCAGUGCAGACCUGGUUCAGUCUCUUUGGUUGGCCUGAAGGGCCCCAUUCUCUUUCCAUUCCUCAGACAAUAAGAAGGGAUGUGCAGAAAAUACAAUUCUAUUCAGCAUCCUCCCCAGCCAAGAAAUUUUCUAGACAGUAUGAUUUUUCCAAAUAUAAUAAGACGAUUUAUGAUGUGGUUCUUCACUUGAGUGGAAGACUGCCGCCUGGAAUUAAUUCAAACCAAUCCUUACCUGUGGAUAACAUUGAAAGAGUGAUCCAGCUCCAUUCACAACAUGCCUCCCUUCUUGACUUUAUCAC